AUGUGGUGUAAACUUUGGUUUUUUGGCGCUAUAUCCGUAUUGGCCUCGAUCGUCAGAGCUUCUGAUGACGACGUGGUCUAUUGUAAUUCGACGGCUGGCGCUUGUCCAGACGACAUGCCAUGCUGUUCGCAAUACGGGGUCUGCGGCAGCGGCUCAUACUGUUUAGGUGGGUGUGAUCCUCGCUAUUCUUACAAUUUGACUGCAUGCAUGCCGAUGCCAAUUUGCAAGGAUUCGCAAACUAUCUUCAACAACUACAGUAGUAAGAUGAAGAGCCAGUAUUCGUAUUUGGGUGAUGCUGAAGCCAACGCUUGGAUCUACGACGGGCACGUUUUGGACGACACGGACGAUGAGGCAUUGAUAUUGGCAAUGCCUAAGGAUUCAAGCACCCUCAUGUCUUCCACCAGAUACAUGUGGUACGGAAAAGUAAGCGCACGUAUGAAGUCAUCACACAGGGCGGGUGUCGUCACCGCCUUCAUUUUGUUUUCGUCCGUGCAGGACGAAGUGGACUACGAGUUUAUUGGCUCCAAUUUGACGAACGUACAAACGAAUUACUACUUUGAGGGUGGCUUGAACUGGACUCACUCGACGAACGUUUCAACCACCAACACUUUCGACAAUUACCACGACUACGAAGUAGACUGGCAUGAGGAUCAUAUUUCGUGGAUUGUGGACGGCGAGGUUGCGAGAACCCUGUAUAAAAACACCACCUAUAACGCAACUUCCGGUGACUACGACUUCCCGCAAACACCUUCUCGUGUACAGUUUUCGCUGUGGCCCGGUGGAGCUAACACUAGCAGCUACUGGACAAAAGUUUGGGCCGGUGGUGAAAUUGAUUGGAAUGCCUCUGAUAUUCAAGAUCCGGGAUACUAUUAUGCCAGGUUGCAAAGUGUGAACAUAACCUGUUACGAUCCCCCUGCUGGUACCACCAAGAACGGUUCUAAUGCAUACAAGUAUGUCAACCGAAAGAACUUCACGCUAAGUGGUGUUGAAUUCACCGACGAUACGACCGUAAUGGGGUCAUUGGCCGACACUGGCUUUGAUCCAGACGAAGGCAAAUCUUCUUCCUCAUCCGCCUCUUCCACGUCGUCUAGAAAAUCUACAACGCAAAGCGCAAACCAUAAGAAAACGUCCACUACUUCCACCGCCACGGGAGAUGCGGCGGCUGCUUCUACGAGCGAUUCUUCGGCUUCUUCAGAGGGCCAAACCGGAUUUGUUCAGAACAUGCAGAGCACCUCUGGUGCCAAAACUGGCUCCAGUACUCAAAAUAGUACUGGUGGUGCGGCCUCUUUUUCGGUGGGCUCCAACACUCUCAUGCAUAUACUUGCAGUAGUUGUAGGACUGGCAUCGGCUAUUGUGUGA